UUCCAAAUCGAUGUAGUUAUGUCUCUCCGUCCAGAUUCAUAUCCACACGCCUCUCCCGGGAUAUCAUAUCACUAUUCAAAGUGUACAUAUUUCAAAAUUUUGCGCGCAUCCAUUCCGCUCCCAGAAAGGACAAAAAUCUGUAUUCAUCAUCCAUUUCAUCCAUAAUUUUGAAGAUUCAAGAAAAACGGAAAGCGAUGAAUCAUAGAGAAUGACCAUACAUAGUAUGUAUCCAUAUCCAUAAGGACCGCAGCUCGAUUCUAUCGACCAAUGAAUCAUUUGCAAAGGAAUGUUUAUCUCUAGCCGCAAAGAAGUAUACGUGUCCCACAUACACAUGGUAUGUCGCAAGAGACGUCAGCACACCAGAUCUGAACAAGAUUUACAUUUUGUGCAAAGGCAACUUGAUGAUACACACACAGAAGCAACCAACACCGAAUUUGAAGAACAGCUGAUCAUAAAGUAAAACAAGAUGGAGAGCACGUGCGCGCUAUUCAUCAUACAUACGCUCAGUCAAUGAAAUGUCGGAGGAAAAGGCGGGCACUUCUGUUAAAAGCCUGCGCCUGGGUUUUUGCGAGGUCUGUGCCGCAAAGGAAGCCCAAUAUGCCUGCCCCAAGUGCGAAGUGAAGACCUGCAGCGUGGCCUGCGUCCAGAUACACAAGAGGGAGCUCGACUGCGAUGGUCUGCGGGAUCGCACCAAGUUCGUGCCACUGAGCGAGAUGACGGCCCGAGAAAUGAUGAGCGAUUAUUACUUCCUGGAGGAGUGCACGCGGUACGCGGAUGACCGCAAGGGCGACCACGCCAAGCGCUAUACCCAGCAGCAGCGAUACCUGCCAGGGCCGCAGCAUCGCAUGCGCGCGGCAGCCCAAAAGCGGAACAUUAAGCUUUCCCUGCUGCUGCCGCUCUUCAGUCGGCACAAGGAGAACACCACAUUUCUGGACUGGAAGCGGAAUCGCUUCUAUUGGCGCAUCGAUUGGCUGUUUGCGAAUGCUGCAGAGGAAGAGAAGGAGGAGCAUGACCAGACGAAGUCCUCCCACUUUGUGGAUGCUCGCUGUGAUGAAGAACUGACUCUGGCCGCCCUCCUCCUUAAGUAUGUGGAUCCCAAGCAGGAGACAGCCCGCAAGAAUCGCAAAGUCCUCGUCCGCUAUCAAACGGUGGGCAUUGGUGGCCUGAGCUUUUGGCUGCAGGCCGAGGGCGUCCGGCGCAGCGCCACUCGCUGCUAUCACCUGGAGGCAAACAAAACGCUGCGCGAGAAUCUCUCCGGCAAGACUAUUGUGGAGUUCCCCACCAUCAUUGUCACCUAUGCGCCGCAUCCUCCGGCUGGCUACGAGACGAUAGACAGUGAUAAAGAAUCGGAUGAUGAGCUCACAGGAAACGCAUCUGAUUCCCAAUCGGAAGAGGAAGAGCCAGCAUCUGCGAAUACACCGAAAAAGGCAAAGAUACUGCACGAUUUUGAUGAGAUUCACGAUGUCUACCAUGCAUUGGCUUCUGCUUAUUCUGACGACGACGGGGACACAGAUCACUGUGGUAUUGAAGGAAUGUUUCGUGAAGACAUCGAGCUGUAAACCUUGAGAAGAGCCAAAGCAGAAGCGACAGAGUUUAAGAUUGAGAUUUGGUAGUCUCUGACUAGCUUGUGGCAAAACAGAAGGAAACUAGGGAAGAUCCAAGCGUCUGAUCGACCCUUAGCCUUAAUAAGAGGAUCCUGUGUAACAUUAUCUAGUACCUGAAUAUUAGCGGAGAAGUCGCAAGCAGCACAAGCGAAGAUAAAUCAGAACAGAUGCCUUAUGUCCUUCUCUGGCCAGUAUUACGAUAAUGAAAAAUAAAGUAAAGAUCGUGAAUGAAACAGAGCCUUAUGCAUGUCCUACCGCUGCCAAAUAAAAUAAUGAUGUGGUUGUAUUUUUACAUAAA